GCCUCGAAUGCGUUUGCGAGCAAGUGGUCGAUCGCGUCAAUCACGACAUAUUUUCCAUGUUUGAAUAGGUGGGAAGACGCCGUCGCAGCCCGCCGGGCGACCUUCAUUUUUGUUGCCGUCCAGCUGCAAACAACAACCCGGUUUUCCCGUUGGCCAGCUACAAACUUUACCUGGCGCCGAGCCCUGUAUUGAUACCUGAAUGCGGAUUUUCAGCAUAUGGGUGCUCGAUUUGCCGCUGCGAUCUUGUCAAUCCGUGACUGGCUGGCACGCAAGUGACAUGGAGGUUUGUAUACUGCUCCUGGCUUCAUUUGUAGACAUGAUUUUGUGUCACGGCUGUCCACUUCCCCGGCCGUUAGGCGUCGCAUCGUGUAACGAAGUAUGGGAAGCGGAAAGCGACUCGGGCCCCCCCCCUCAGCCUCGAGGGAGGAAAGCAAAUGGAGUGUCCCUUUCGUCAAGAUCAGCAGGUAAUGUUAAGGCGCAUGGCCGGCUUGCCUGGGAGCCAAUUGGUGCAUCGUCUUUCCCUGAAUCUCUCCUUCUCCCCUUUCGGCCUGCAGAUGCUAGAGAAGUUGGUGACUCCAUUGUCUAUAUCAGACGGGGAAACGAAGGUGCGGCUACACACAUCGUAAGCUUAAUUGACGACGACCCAAGUCCCAUUAACCUGGUCCUCGCUGGUCCAACCCAGCCAGACACUCGAGACCCGAACCUAUUCACUUCGCUUCCUAACCACAACCAGUUCGUCCUAUUUCUUGAGUAUCCUUCCCUUCGCCUUUGCAUACAUCAUUAAUUGGUCUUUGCCAAACCUUCCCCGGCCCUGGACUGCCAACCACCCCGUCUCACUUCAGUACCAACCGAGGUGAACUCCAGACAAGUACGCUACAUAUUUAUUGGUAAUUAUCGUCACCCGACAUUCACCUUGGCGCAACAGUUCGACUCCGGCCGCUUCGCACAUAGGCUGUCCCUCGUCACACAGCUCUAGAAGCUUGGCUACGGUCACGCUGUCACGGCAUCAGU